UUUCGGCUUACCUGGGAGAUAGGCAGAACGAGGCAUUCUUAUGUUGGGGCGCUCAAAGCAAGUUUAAACUUCUCUUCCCACCCUGCCUUAAGGCCGUCGAAUGGAUUCCGAUGCCAGUUUGAUUUCAAGCCAGCCGUCUUCUCCGGAGGCAGACGGCAUUUUUCUGUCUGACGAGCCAACCUCGGGUUUCACCAGCACCGUGUCGUCCACGCAGAGCGACUGCGGAGCUCAGCUGUGCGGAGAGCGAGGCGGGCAGCUGAGAGCCAAGGACAGCAUCAGGCUGAAAGACAAGAAGCAGAUGAGCGAGCCUGAACUUCAGCAGCUGAGGCUGAAGAUUAACAGUCGGGAGCGCAAACGGAUGCACGACUUGAAUAUCGCCAUGGACGGGCUGCGGGAAGUCAUGCCUUACGCGCACGGACCCUCUGUCAGAAAGUUGUCCAAAAUCGCCACUUUGCUCCUGGCCAGAAACUACAUCCUCAUGCUCACCAACUCGCUGGAGGAGAUGAAGAGGCUGGUGAGUGAGAUCUACGGCGGCCACCAUAGCAGCUUCCACCCAUCAGCUGCCUGCGGGACACUCAGCCACGGCGGGGCGCCUCUGCCGGGACACCCGACCUCUCACGCGGCUCACCAAGUUCAUCAUCCAAUCAUGGCCCCGGCCGUCACUUCAGCCUCUCUGUCCGGAGGCAGUAUUCCAGCCGUGAACAGUAUCAGACCUCCUCAUGGUCUCCUCAAAUCCGCGUCCGCAGCCUCCGGCCCGCUGGGCAGCGGUUUCCAGCACUGGGGAGGAAUACCGUGCCCGUGUACCAUGUGUCAAGUACCACCGCCUCACCAUGUGGCGAGCAUGACCACAGCCGGCAUGUCUCGACUAUCGUCUGACAACAAGUAACAGACUGUAUCAAGAGUGCAGAGACUUUUCCAAUCGCCUUUAGAAGUUGAGUAUUUAACUCAGACAGGUUGUAACAUCAGGUCGUUUCUUGUUAUUCCUAUCCGUGCACCGAGGUAAAUCUUACACCGGGUUAAAUCGUUAUCCUUGUGACGAGGUGUCUUCUUUAUGUAACUGUAAAGGAAGUUGCAGUAACCCCUUUCCGAACCAAUCCCUCGGUUCUCGUUUAUCUCAGCGUUCGUCUAUCUCGAGAACGGACAAGGAAGGGGAUAUCUAUAAGCAGAAUUAAGAGAUACAUCACAAUUUAAAUAUAUACCCACAUCCCCCGGAGAAAAUUGGACAUAUAUUUUCCGCAUUACAACGAGAUCGAAGGAAACGGUGGAAAGGGAAUACUGCAGCUUUAUUUAAUGUGAAUUUCUUUGUAAAGUGACCGAGCAGCAAUGAAACGUGAUGAUAGCAUUCAACUUGUAAGUUACAUUUGGAAAAAUUGUAUGCAACAUUGCUCUACUCCCUGAUAGUGUUACCCGAAAUAACGGUUCUAAAAUCACACGUACCAAGUUUAUUGGUCUGCAUAAUGGCCACAGAAGGAAGAUAAAGAGACGUGAAAAUCACAACGAAGCAUAGUCAAGUAGACUUUCUUACUCUGGGCUCUGCACAUAAAAUGUCGACUGACUAAAUCCCUGGAACAGUUAGAAAGGACAAUAUAUGGGAAAGACUUCGGGACAUGAUUUCAUGUGUAGUUGUGCAGCCUUGGAAACUUGCAUUCUGUUGGAAUCAAAUGAGCCUGGAACAUUUGCUCCAGUCAUAAAUUUACAAAGAAAAGUUUGUACAAUUUUCUUGUAAAGUAGUUGUUAAUUUUUAUGAAAUAUGGGUAAGCGACCUUAUGAAUUCUUUAUCAAUUAUCGAACCCCACUCUCACACCCCCAGAUUUAUUUUGUGAAUUGUGUUUCAUUUGUUCUUGAACUGAUUUUGCCUGCAUCAUUUCUGCGCGGUUUCAAUCGCAGAACCAAGAUGUCGUUGGUUGUUUAACCUGUUUUAUUUUACAGCGUUUAAGCUCUCCUGCUCUUAACAAACACCCGUCUUAAGCGGAUUGCUUGCUAAGAAAUCGGCUGUGACGUCUUAUUAUAACAUUUUUUUUUGUUGUUUCCCAUUCGCGAGAGAAAAUUAAGGACGAAAAAAGGCAAAAAAUGCUCUUCAUCUUUUUAUUUUUGUAAAAAAAAUGUGCUAAAUAAUAUUUAUUACUUAUUUCGUUGGGAGAAGUGACUGGUGGCGUAACUGUCGAGAUUUUAAAAUUAAUAAAAAUA